AUGGCCGACAUCACAAUGGCUGAAGACAUCACAAUGGCUGACAACAUAAUGGCUGAAGACAUCACAAUGGCCGACAUCAUAAUGGCUGAUGACAUCACUGUGGUUUUAAAUCAAAAUCACGAGAAUUUGGUGGCAUCUGCUUCAUCAAAAGGAGGUGUGCCUGCAUCAAGCAGGAACUCCAGCCCGAGUUCACUGUCAAACCAUGGAUCCUGCAGCUCGUCUGGUGACUCUGCUUUCGUGACACCCUCAGCUUCCCAUUCUGAUCAGAGUCAACAUGAUCUCGAGAGGAGGAUUCAUGCAUUGAAAGAUGAUCUGAGGGAACAUAAAGCUAUUGUAAAACAAUUGAAGGAAGAGCAUAAGCUUCGUAAGAAGAGAAUGAAGACACAGCAGGCCAUUGUCAUUAACCAACUGGGGCACAAUGCCGAGUUAAUUAGGAAGGCUCAAGAAGAGCUAAACAAAGAAACGUCCAGUUCCUCCAAGCCUUCCUCCACUGCUGCUGAGAGGUCCGGGGCUGGACCACUUUCUUUACAAAGGACUGAAUCUGCAAAGCGCAGGAGAUCUAAAAUGUCAUUUAGCUGCAUUGCUAAGCAGGGUGACAGUAAACUGGGGGUAGGGCAUCAACAGAAGCCCCCAGUUGAUCCGGCCUUUACGUUACAGUGCAACGUCAUCAAGCAGCUCUCCACAAUGGCCUUGGCCUUGGGGGUUGAGCGUACCCGGAAUGAGCUGCUCCCAAUUCUGACUGAGACCUCUUACGAAGAAGAGGGGGUGCUGCUGGCAUUGGCAGAGCAGCUGGGGAGCUUCAUGGAGUUCGUUGGUGGACCGGAGUACGUUCACUGUUUGCUGCCUCCCUUGGAGAACCUUGCAGCGACGGAAAACGCCUCAGUGCAGGAUAAAGCCAUCAAUUCACUGCUAGCCAUCUCCCACGAGCAUUCUCCUGAAGAACUAGAAAUCCACUUUCUACCGCUGGUCAAGCACCUGACUUGUGGAGACCGUUUUACAUCCAGGACUUUGGCAUGCAGUCUUUUUAGUGUCUGCUACCCUCAGGUAUCCAGCUCUGCAAAGGCCAAGCUGCGUCAACAUUUCGGCAGCUUGUGCUCAGACAACACACCAACAGUCCGCCAGGCAGCAGCAUCAAAGUUGGCUGAAUUCGCCAAGGUCCUAGAGCUGGAGUUUCUGAGAAGCGACCUUAUACCCCUCUUCACUUCCCUGGCUUCUGAUGAGCAGGAUUCGGUGAGGAUAUUGACAGUUGAAGCUUGUGUGAGCGUAGCUCAGCUGCUGCCCCAGGAAGACCGGGAAGCGAUGGUGAUGCCUACCCUCCGGAAGGCAGUGGAGGAUGAAUCCUGGCAUGUUCGCUAUGUGGUGGCAGACAAAUUUUCUGAACUUCAGAAAAUCAUGGGUCCUGAAAUCACGACAAAUGAUCUGGUUCCUGCUUUCCAAAUCUUGUUGAAAGAUUGCGAGGCUGAAGUGCGAGCAGCUGGGGCCAACAACAUUAAAGAUUUUUGUGAAAACUUGCCAGAAGAUUGCAGGGAGACUGUCGUAAUGAGUCACAUUUUGCCGUAUGUGAAGGAACGUUUGUCCGACACCAAUCAACACAUGAAGUCAGCUCUGGCCUCUGUUAUUGUGGGCUUGUCCACCAUCCUGGGCAAGGACGCAACUGUUGAACACCUGCUUCCCCUGAUCUUGGAUCAGCUCAAAGAUAAGUGCCCUGAGGUCCGUCUGAACAUCAUCUCCAAUCUGGACUGUGUGAAUGAAGUGAUUGGAGUUCACCAGUUUUCAGAGUCUCUGCUGCCGGCCAUUGUUGAAUUAGCAGAAGAUUCCAAAUGGAGAGUGCGCCUGGCAAUAAUGGAGCACAUGCCUCUGCUUGCAGGGCUGCUGGGAGUGGAUUUCUUCAAUGACAACUUGAACUUCUUGUGCAUGAUGUGGCUGGUGGAUCAAGUACACGCUGUUCGUGAGGCCGCGGCCAACAACUUGGCCAAGUUGGUGGAGAAGUUUGGCAAAGACUGGGCAGAAUCCAUCAUUGUGCCGAAAGUACUUGCCAUGGCCAGUGACCCAAACUACCUUCACAGAAUGACCACCCUGUUCUGCAUUAACGUGUUGUCUGAACUCUGUGGCCAAGAAAUCACCACAAGGCACAUGCUACCAACGGUUCUCCAGUUGGCAGACGAUCAGGUGGCAAAUAUUCGCUUCAACGUGGCUAAAACGUUGAAGAAAAUAGGACCGGUUUUAGAUGCCGACACUUUACAGAAUGAGGUCAAACCAAUAUUGGGGAAAUUGAGUCAGGACCAAGAUAGGGAUGUAAAAUACUUUGCGGAGGAAGCCAUGACUGGGAAUGGACUUCUUUAAUUACAACUUGAACUCCUUGUGCAUGAUGUGGCUGGUGGAUCGUGGUGAGUAUAGCUUUGAUGAAACGUUACUUUUGUUGAACAGAAGUCCUUCAAAGUUGCCCGUGUCGUCUUACUUGUCCAGGCGCUUCCAUGAUGCUGAGUGAUCCUACCAGGUGCCUUACCAAAAAUCCUUCAUCGUGCUUUGCACAACCUCAAAGGAUUGGGUCAGGCUCAAGGCACGACAUACCCCUCACAGAGAUAUGUUGACUCUCCCGAAUCAGACUAUGCUUCUUGUAAAUCCUGUCUGUAAGAAUCUUCUCCUACAACUUGCAACGGUGAAGUAAAACUCACUGAUCUAUAGAUCCCAGGGUCAUCCCUUCUCUCUCCCUUGAGCAAGGAAAUAACAUUUGUCACCUUCCAAUCAUCUGGGAACUUCCUCCUGUGAGGACUGGCCAGCGACGAUGCUCAGAUCGUCACUGAAGGUACAGCAAUCUCUUCCCAUGUUUCCAGUUCUUGCCGUACAUUAAGGAACUUGUCUUUGACACCAAUCAACACAUGAAGUCAGCUCUGGCCUCUGUUAUUGUGGGCUUGUCCACCAUCCUGGGCAAGGACGCAACUGUUGAGCACCUGCUUCCCCUGAUCUUGGAUCAGCUCAAAGAUAAGGUAAUUUUAUCAUGAAGUGCAAACUUUAACAUACCCCUUGUGUGACCUGUGGACGUCGUGGAUAUUUUUUGAAUAGCCUACCGAAAUCAGGCAAAUACCAACGGAGAGCUGUCUUCUGUGUGCUGUUUGAAAGCUGCUGUCAAGUCAAGAGUGGUGAUGAAAGGUCGCUUAUUGUUCAUUAGGCGAUCGGAAAGCUGGUUGCCAUCUCUGGAACUUGUACGCUCAGCCAUCUGCUGAAGGUGACGAGCAUUCCAUGCUCCACCACGAGAUACAGGUAUCUGGAUAAGUGUGCCAGAACGGGACGUGUUGCAAUCUAGACUGAUGUGUCUAGGCUUUUACUCUCGCUGAUAUUGAUUCCUGGAAACGACAGCAGUUGUUCAUCUUUCCUGUUGACAAACACACACACACACACUGUUUGCUUGGAGCUGUGUGGUGAUAUCCAGUAUGAACAUUGCAACACAGACAAAAGUGGACAGAACCUCGCAGGAAUCUUCAAGUUGGAGAUUUAGUCCUGCUCAGGGACAAGCAGAUUGCCCGCAACUGCUGGCCAAUGGCCUGAAUGAGGAGUACCAUGCAUGGUAAUUUUCAGGCUUAUCGUCAAACUGGUAUAGUCCUGAAGUGAUGAGAUCCCGUCAUGCUAAAUACUGUGCCAUGGGUUCAACUGCAAGUGGCACUCUGGCUGUGGGAAUAUGUCGACGGGCAUAUGACUGAGCAUGUACGUUCGUUAUGGGAUUUGCUGUUCUGAAUUCAGCCUUUGCCUCUUUCACCAAAUCUGGUAAGUUUGGUGUUGAGAAGUAUUUGUCGUCAGCCCUUUCAUUAUUGAGCUUGUUGCAAGGUUGCAAGCAUAAAUUGUCUUCCUCAUAAAAUGGGACAUUAGCAAAUGAGUAUGGAGAGGAAGAUUGGGGGACUGCUUUGUCGAGCAGCUACGCUCCGUCCACCACAACAGACAGGAUCUCCCGGUUGCCACUCACUUCAACUCUCCUUCACAUUCCCGUUCGGAUAUAUCCAUACAUGGCCUCCUCUACUGUCAUGAUGAGGCCAAACUCAGGUUGGAGAAGCAACACCUCAUAUACCGUCUGGGUAGUCUCCAGCCCCUUGGUAUGAACAUCGAAUUCUCCAACUUCCGGUAAUUCCCUCCCUCUCCCUCCCCCAUCCCAGUUUCACUCUGCCUCCUCUUCCAACUGCCUAUCACCUCUCUUAUGAUUCUGCCUCCUCCUACUACACAGUACUUCCUCCUUACAUUCCUUCUUCAUCUUUUCUGCCUAUCCCCUCCCCCACCCCUUGAUCUUUCCUCUGAUUGGUUUUUCACCUGGCACCUUCCACCCUCCCCCCACCUUCUUUAUAGGGCCCCUGCCCCCUCACUCUGCAGUCCUGACAAAGGGGCUCGGCCCGAAACGUUGACUGCUCAUUUCCAUGGAUGCUGCCGGACCUGCUGAGUUCCUCCAGCUUGUUUACAGUAGCCAUGUAGUCCAGCAACCAGCACAACUUUGCGAUGUGGGGGAAACGGGAUCAUCCGCAGGCACAAGAGAUAAACUGCAGUCUUCAAACAGAACCAGAGGUCAGAAUUGGACACAGGUUGCUGAAGCUACAGGACUGCUGCACUACCUGCAGUACGACUGAGCCACACGCAAGCCUGGUUUCAUUAAACCUACGAUAUUUGCAUGCUGAGAACAAUGCUCUUAAUUCCUUACUAGCUGCAAAAUAGGCAUCACCCUUUUUUAAAAAAAAACCUACAAAGGAAGUUAGCAAAAUGGCCAGCACUUUGUUAUUUUAAUCACCCUGAAGGUGCAACAAGCUGACGGCCAACACAUUUCUGUUGUAUUUUACCAUAGAUUUCCCUAUGGUGAAUAUAAUUUACCACAAGAGACACAGCUUUUCUAUGUCACCAGUCUUCUACAAAGUUAACUGUCUAGAGUUUUGAUUGUUAAUCCUUCAAAUUGACGAUUGAAAUGCAACUUUUCAUUCUUCGGGUGUCUUGGCUUGAAACAUAGACUGUCCAUUUCCCUCCACAGAUGCUGUCUGACCAGCUGAAUUCGUCCAGCAUCUUGUCUUUUGCACCCCAACAGCUGCAGUUUCCUGGGUGUCCAACUUUGAAGAAAAAGUUUCACGUUUUCAUAAUCUGUUGAAAAAUUUUUGUUUACUAGAUCAAAAAGUACCAGAGAUUUGAGGGACGACGCCCUGGUACUUUGCUGAGUUGGAGGUGGAUGGUAAUGCAGAAACCUUCGUCAAUAAGUCUUACCUCUGUUGGAAAUGUUAUGUCAGGAUAUCAUUAGCAAACCACCCAGGGCAGGGCACCGCGGACUGGUUUAAUAUUGACAAUAUUCUUGUGGA